AUGGCCGCCGCCGGUGGCGGGCUGGCUGCCAGUGCUGCCGCCUUCAUCGAAAUCUCCGAGAACGGCAACGGCAGUGAUAGCCCCGACGAUACAAGCGAGUUGCGUAUGCUCGAGGUCUCUCGGGCCGAGAUUCGCAAGGGACCGCGCGAAAACGACGACACUUUCACCUGGCUACGGCGCCAAGCCGUCCUGUUCCUGGAUGUUUAUAUAUGGGAACCCAUAUGCACCGGCGCUCGCUUGUUGCACCUCGUCGUCGUUUUUGUCCCCGUGAUUCUGACGGUGCCGGCGAUAUGGAUUGGGAGCCGUGUGCCAGAGCGCGACAAUGAGCGCACAGGAACCCUCUGGUGGUACGGCUUCCUAGUCCAGGCUAUGGAGUGGGCAGGCCCAGCAUUUAUCAAGCUUGGUCAAUGGGCCGCCUCAAGGUCCGAUAUCUUUCCCAGUGAACUGUGCGACAUCAUGUCGAAGCUCCAUGCUAAUGCCCCGGCCCACUCGUUCCAUGCGACUAAGCGGAUUGUCCAGGAGGCCUUCGGCGGGCGUGAUUUUGCCGAUAUCUUCGACGAGUUUGACGAAAAGCCGAUUGGUGUUGGGGCGAUUGCCCAGGUUUACAAGGCGAAGCUCAAGCCCGAUCUCGCCCUCUCCGGAGACGUUGACGUCCCCAAGGAUCCUUCCGACCUACGGCACAAAGUCCGCCACAACGUCGGGACCGUGCUCAAGAGCAGUCCAAAGCACGUUCCCUCGUCGUAUGUUGCUGUCAAAGUUCUGCAUCCCCGCGUUGAACGGAUUGUGCGACGCGACCUUCGCAUCAUGCAUUUCUUUGCCUCGGUACUCAACGCAAUACCCACUAUGGAAUGGCUCUCGCUGCCGGACGAAGUCGAACAGUUUGGGCAAAUGAUGAAGCUGCAGCUAGACCUGCGCAUCGAGGCGGCAAAUCUGACUAGGUUCCGGGCAAAUUUCAAGGACAGAACUACCGCAUGGUUCCCCUUCCCCUAUACCGACUUUUGCACGCGAAAUAUCCUGGUCGAAGAGUUUGCACAUGGCAUUCCCUUGGCCGACUUCAUGGCAAACGGGGGCGGCGUGUUUCAGCACGAUAUCGCCUCCGAGGGCCUCGACGCCUUUCUGCGCAUGCUCCUGCUUGACAAUUUUGUCCAUGCUGACCUCCACCCCGGAAAUAUCAUGGUGCGGUUCUACGAGACGGAGCGACCUAGUCUGCCGUGGCGUCACACGUACGAGCAUAAUCCCGCCAUGGCGCAGCAGACGGACGUGACGGAGCAGAUCCUGUCGCGGCUACGCCCGCAUCGCCACAAUAAGGAGCUCUGGGACGCCGAGUUGGCCAAGAUCGACCGCGAGGGCUUCCGGCCACAGCUUGUUUUCAUCGACGCCGGCCUCGUGACGGAACUCAAUGCCACCAACCGGCGCAACUUUCUCGAUCUCUUCCGCGCGGUCGCCGAGUUUGAUGGUUACAAGGCUGGCCAUUUGAUGUGUGAGCGGUGCCGGCAUCCCGAGGCCGUCUUGGACAAGGAGGUUUUUGCCCUCAAGAUGCAGCACCUGGUGCUCGGCGUGAAGAGCCGGACGCUCGCGCUCGGUAAUGUCAAGAUUGGUGACGUCUUGCAGCAGGUCUUGGGCAUGGUCCGGCAACAUCAUGUCCGCCUCGAAGGGGACUUUGUCAAUGUCGUCAUCAGCAUCCUGCUGCUUGAGGGCAUCGGCCGCAGUCUAAAUCCUGAUGUGGAUCUCCUGAGUAGCUCGCUCCCGAUUCUGAGGCAACUCGGCGCGCAAAGCGGAAAGGACUUGGUCAAGGAGGGCGACUUUUCCAUGUUGAUGGUCUGGGUGGGCCUCGAGACAAGGAGGUUCAUGCAGGCUAGUAUUGAGGACGUUGAGAGAUGCGUCCGAUACGAUCUCCUCUCUCCCAAUGUAUGA